ACAUGAACGAAAAGUUUCAUCAUUGCCUUAAAAUCAGAAGCGAAACUAAAAUUUUCAUUUCCAAUUCCACACUCGCAAAAUGUGGAAGUUCAUUUUAAUUCUAGCUGCAAUAUCAUUUGCAGAUUGUAAAAUUGGCAUAGCACCGAGAAUUGUUGGAGGAAACGAUGCUGCCUUGGGACAGUUUCCGUAUUUUAUGUCAAUCCGUUAUGGAGAUACUUUAAGGCAUGGAUGUGGAAGCGGAAUUAUAAAUACACGAUUUGCAAUCACUGCAGCACAUUGUUUAAAUGGACAAGAGAGAAUGGCUGUUGCUGGUGCAAUACUUUUAGUGGAUCCUGGUGUGCGCUUUACAAUAAUUCAAUCUAUUCCACAUCCUGAUUUUGACCCGAUACGCUUGUGGAAUGACAUCGGUCUCUACAAAGUCGAACGAGACAUAGUUUUUACAAAUCUUAUACGACCAGUACCAUUGAAUCGUCGCCGUGUCCUUAUGAAUACACCGACUGUGCUUGCAGGACAUGGAGCUUUUACACAACAACCACCAUGGGAAGUUCAUCCACACCUUCAAUAUUUGCAUUCAAGGACAAUGUCAAAUUCUGAAUGUAUAACAAGAAGUUUUUUGGCACGAUUAAUUGAUCCAUCUUAUAAUCCAAGCAUUCAUAUCGCACACAUCUGUGCUUUUGCUAGUGUUGGUGUUGGUGGAUGCUAUGGCGACAGUGGAUCACCAUUAGUUAACAGACGAAACGGUGAAGUCUUGGGCGUUGUUGUGUCUGGAUUAAGUUGUGCUAGAGGUGCUCCUGACUUUUAUGCACGUGUAUCUUCUUACACAAGAUGGAUUGAUGCGAACAUUAUUGUUUAAAUCAACUGGGAUGCGAUGUUAUUUGAUAGACAGUUAAAAAUGUUUUUGUCAAAUGAAAUGUGAAGGAAUUGAAAUGUUUCUUCCUUUGGGAGAUUACAUUUUUGAUGAUUCUUUAAUUUUAAUAAAAAAUAUGAAUUUGUGAAAGAAA